CUUGUUGUUGACUUGCCUACUUUGCUGUCUGUCAAAGUUAGUUACUUGCAAGAAGCAGGCAUUUUGUUGAAAAGUGUGAUGUGGCAGUUACUUGUCUACUGUAAGAUUUAGAAGUUUUAUUAAUUAGGGGGUCAUCUUAAUUAUUUCAAGAGGCUUUAACAUCAUAACUCUAAAAAGAAUGGUUGUGACCAAUAUAUGUUGCGUUGGGGCUGGCUAUGUUGGUGGUCCAACAUGCAGUGUGAUUGCAGCUAAGUGUCCUGACAUUCGUGUUACUGUUGUAGAUUUAAGUCAGCAAAGAAUCGAUGCAUGGAAUUCAGAUGAUUUUAACCUGCCAAUAUAUGAGCCUGGUCUCAAAGAUGUGGUGAAGGAAUGCAGAGGGCGCAAUUUAUUCUUCUCAACUAACAUAGAUGAGGCUAUCAAUGCUGCAGACAUCAUCUUCAUAUCUGUCAAUACUCCAACAAAAACAUAUGGACUAGGAAAGGGUCGAGCACCUGAUCUUAAAUACAUUGAGGCAGCUGCUCGACGGAUAGCAAAUAUCGCUACUGGGAACAAGAUUGUAGUUGAGAAAAGCACAGUACCAGUAAAAGCGGCAGAGAGUAUCCAUCGUAUUCUGUUUGCAAAUACUACUAAUGGGGUUCGAUUCCAGGUGCUGUCUAACCCAGAAUUUUUAGCAGAAGGGUCAGCCAUUAAUGACCUUAUGAACCCUGACCGAGUUCUGAUUGGUGGUGAGCAGUCAUCAAGCGGUCUGAGGGCAGUAGAGGAGCUAAGCUGGGUGUACGAGCACUGGAUACCAAAGGAAAAAAUAAUAAAGACAAACACUUGGUCAUCAGAACUUUCCAAAUUAGCUGCUAAUGCAUUCCUGGCCCAGAGAAUCUCAAGUAUCAAUGCCAUGAGUGCUGUGUGCGAGGCUACAGGAGCUGACGUAGGAGAGGUUGCUCAUGCCAUUGGUACAGACUCAAGAUUAGGACCAAAAUUCCUACAAGCUAGUCUAGGUUUUGGUGGUAGUUGUUUUCAAAAAGAUGUACUUAAUCUUGUCUACCUUUGUGAAGCUCUUAACUUACCUGAAGUUGCAGCCUAUUGGCAACAGGUGAUAGAUAUGAAUGACUAUCAACGAAGACGCUUUGCUAACAAAGUAAUUGGCUGUCUAUUUAACACUGUUACGGAUAAGACCAUCACUAUUCUUGGGUUUGCUUUCAAGAAAAACACAGGUGACACAAGGGAAUCGUCAAGUAUCUACAUGUGUAAAUACCUGAUGGACGAGGGCGCUAGGCUGCACAUCUACGAUCCUCAGGUUGCUCAAGAGCAGAUAAUAGCAGACCUUACACACAGGGAUAUAUCUGAGAAAUCUGAACGAGGUAAAUUCAAGAUGGCAACAACUCUUGAAACAGAAACCGAAUGGGAGAAAGGUAAAUUUGAAGUUAGUAAGUUAGUGAAGAUAUAUAACAACCCGUAUGAAGCGCUGGAGGGAGCUCAUGCAUUUGUUGUUUGUACAGAAUGGGAUGAAUUCAAGGAAUUGGAUUAUCUACGCAUCUAUAAUAGCAUGCUGAAGCCGGCGUUUGCUUUUGACGGUCGAAGAAUCCUGGAUCAUGAUUCAUUGAAAAAUAUAGGUUUUCAUGUUGAGACUGUCGGUCACAAAACAACAUUGAAGGAUUUUCUACCAAUCACACCAUAGGGCAUUUAAGGUUUAAUGAAUAAAUUACAAUUUUUUGACAUUUUAUACAAAUUUUAUAAAUGAAUUAGUGUAGGUAGUUAUAUAUAAAUUUUGUAUAUACUGAGUUUUAUAUCGUGGUUUUUUGUUUUGGAUUUUAAAAACAAGGCGGAUAGGUAGAGGGUUGUAUUUUAAGAGUCUAGUAUAAACAGAAUUUUUAAUAGUCUCCUUUUCCGUUAUCCCUUAGCCCAACGUCUCCUAUUUCCUCUUCCAAGCCAUCGUCCGAUGGAUAGGUCACUCUAUAAUUUAUAUAUGCUGCUGUGAUAAAAUCACUUUUUGUUUAAUCACCUACCUCAUUGCAUUUUGGUUUAAGGAUUUUAAAAUGUGCACUUUUUAAUAGGUAUGCAAGACUAUUAACAGUACCUCUGUAUUUGUACCUCCCUUGGGCUGUCAUUAAUAUUUAGUACCUCAAUUGGUAAAGCUGUAGUAUAAAGCUUAGUAUGCCGUAGGUCUAACCCUUUGGUAAGCUCAUCAUAAGUCACUGGUGUUUAGUACAAUAACACCAUAUUGAUAUAUGAUGAUGUUACAUUGAUGGACCAUCACUCAUCAAAUUGCCAUGGUUGAGUAAGCACCGAUUUUUCAUAAACAAAACCACAGAUGGAAGACAAUUGGAGGUGGGGGGAGGGGCACAGUCCUAGUGAGAUGCACAUAAAUACACACUAUGGGAAGUUCACUAAACACCAAUCCAUUGAUGAAUUUAUAGCAGUUUUUUUAAUGGUUUGUUUGUUGAUUUAAUAUUUCUAAUUUUUAUCUCAUUUUUAUUAUUAAGUCAUCUGGCGACACCCAACGCGCGAAUCCUUCCAUUGUUUCUUCCCCUUCUUAGUAGCCUUGUUGGUAAUUAAUAACUAAAGAGGAGUAAUUUAAACAGGGUUGUACAUAUACCUGUACUGUAGACUACAUUUAAUGUGUACUAUAAUUAUCAGCAAUGUAUUCUAUUUUCAUAUUAAACUUAAAUGCUGCUAUUACAUAUUUAAGCUUGUAAAAAAUGUAAACAUGUUAUUGGAAAUAAUUUACAGAUUAUUUUGUUUGGUUUUUAGUAAUUAAAAGAGGUGGAAUUUAGAAUUAAUAUUCAUGAGAAUUUAUACAAAAUAUUCAUUGAUGGUUUCCAUGGUGAAGUAAACACAUGUAUUCAAAUCACAUGCUAACUAUAAUCAUGAAAACGUUUUUUAAGCCUGAAACACUUUUUAAUGCAGAUUUUGGUAGUUUUAUUUUGAUAUGAACUAGUUAGGAAUUGCAUGAUGAUGGCAUUAAACAUUUUUUUAGAAUAUUUUAACAAUUUCUAUAGAUUAUAUUUAUAUCGCACCAAAUAGAAUAUGUAUUAAAUUUUGUUAAAUAUUCUGAACUGAUUUGAAGACAAGCUCCAAGCCCGUAGGCAGGAUUUUUUAAGGAGGGGCGGGGGGAUUUUCUAAUUUUUCACAAAAAGGCACUUUGAUUCCUUGCUACCUCAGCCCUACCAUGGCUGGGGUAAAUUUUAAAGAUAUAACACCUCAGAUGUUCGGAAGUGGCAGUAAAAAUGCCAAAUUUCAAAUAGUUGGAGUUAAACAAAGACUUCCAUGCAAAUGGUACUUUUUAAUAAUAAUUUAAAAGGACCAAAUCCCCUGGCUACAGGCUCUAGUUCUUUCAAUAUUUAUUGAAUUUACUUUUUAAAAAAUGGAAUUAGUUUCUGUGAUGAUUAAUUGUCUGUGACGUGUCUAUAAGGUGCUUUGCAGUGGUGGCUCCAGAAGAUGGGGGGCUUUGGGUGUGCACCUCCCAGAGGUUGCACCCCCAGCCACUUGAAAUUUUCCGAGCCAAAAAAAUUACAGAUAGUAAAAAAUCAUGUAUCGCCUCAUUUAAUCAUCAAGCCCCUCCCCAUCAGCUCCUUGUGUCAAUAUUCUGUUGAUGCGCCACUGUGUUCCAACUCAUAAGUUUUAGUGCAAUUCUUUUGACCAAAAGAUCGCUAAUUGUGCUGUUUUUAAGUACUGUAUUAGUUUUAAUAUCUAGCAUUUAUACACCUUUGAUAUAAUCUUUUUUUUUUUAUUGUCUAUUAGGAAAUGUUGAUAUUACUGUAUUGUGGAAUUGAUAUUACAUUAAUAAUUUCUAAUUCAUUUCAGUA